AUGUGGGACGCCUGCCGUUUUUUCCUCAUAGAAAGUGGGUUCGCAUUAUUCGUGGCAUUCUUGAUCAACGUAGCCGUUGUGUCUGUGUCUGGCACCAUCUGCUCAGGCGACAAUCUUUCGAGCGAGAAUGCAGAUCGAUGCAGCAACUUAACUCUAAAUUCUGCUUCAUUCCUCCUUAAGAAUGUGUUGGGAAGAUCUGGCUCGACGAUUUAUGCCAUUGCUUUGCUAGCUUCAGGGCAAAGCUCCACAAUCACAGGAACCUAUGCAGGCCAAUACAUCAUGCAGGGAUUCUUGGAACUCAAAAUGAAGAAGUGGAAACGGAACCUAGUGACUCGAUGCAUUGCCAUUACGCCGAGUCUCAUCGUCUCUAUCAUCGGCGGAUCUUCAGGAGCCGGUAGGCUCAUUAUCAUCGCGUCGAUGAUCCUAUCGUUUGAGCUUCCAUUUGCUCUUAUCCCACUCCUCAAGUUCAGUAGCAGUGCAACAAAGAUGGGAACUCACAAAAACUCAAUCUAUAUUAUUGUGAUCUCGUGGAUACUAGGAGUGGGACUCAUCGUUAUCAACAUAUAUUACCUCAGCACGGGCUUUGUUGGCUGGCUAAUCCACAACAGCCUUCCGAAAGUGGCCAACGUUUUUAUCGGAAUCCUAGUGUUCCCGCUCAUGGCCAUCUACAUCAUUGCAGUGAUCUACUUAACUUUCCGAAAAGACACUAUCGUGACAUUUACUGAUGACCCCGUUAAGCAUACGACAUCAACGGCCGUCGAACAUGGCUAUGGCAAUUCUGGCAACUCAGGUGACCGACUUCCUUAUCGAGAGGACCUAGCAGACAUUCCUUUUCCGGAAUAGUUUGCAUCACAUCGCUUAACCCUCCAGAAGCAAUCCCCCAAUGUAUAUACAAAGAGAUGCUAGAGUGACCUAUUUAGUAGAAUUGAGGUCGAAAAAACUAUCAGUAGAAUCAUAGCUAGAGCCAAGAUCAUCCAAAGGCAAUCUAUCGCUGCUGCUAUUUUCAGCAGAGCCACCGGGCAAAGCAUCAAGCAAAAAUGCCUUUGCAACUUCAAAUUGUUAAUCUCACUCCAGUUAAAUUUUAUCUUCAGUACAAAUUAG